AUGACUCCAUACUCACAUUCCAUAGUAUGCUCUUUUUUGAUCCAUAUCAACCUUCUUUUGACAUUGUUUACUGAACAAUUUGUGCUCAAGCAUGCGCGUAAUACACUUGUACGAGUCUUGUUUUUCCCUUUGAUGUAUGCAGGUAUAUGGCAGCUUAUCUAUCGCUUUGGAGGUUUGGGUGAUUUCCCUUCUUGGACAACUCAUGUUGUUAUCUGGGCUGAUUUUGCUCAAAUUGCUUCAUGGGGAGGUCGAUCCUUGAUUGAUUUUGUAGUUGCCUUAUUUGGUGCAUGCUUACUUGAACUCUUGCCUUCCAAGAAAACCAUUCGCGAAGAAGUCGAUGAGUUUGCAGGCGAAGAAGAAGAAUUGCCUGAAAGAGUAUUGCAUCCUUGGAAAGCCUUCUUGAUUCAUCCCAUGACAUUGUUCUGUGUCUUGUUAGCCAUUUUACUUUCUUAUGGAGGUGCUCGAGUCAAUAUUCAUGCCAAGUCUUUCUAUCAAGUAGGAUAUCCUGACUAUAUUCCUCAAAAGCAGCCUGUGGGCUGUGUUAUUGGUUCUGAAGAGCUUGAAUUGCAACUACAGCAUGAUAUUUGGUUUAAUAUGACAGAGUCUUUGAUUGAGUCAGGAGCUAAGUUAGUUUUAUGGUCAGAGCUGACAGCAGCUGUCAAGAAUGAAAAAGAAGAGGAUGCUCUUAUCGAAAGAGCAAGGAAAGUUGCAAGAGAACGCCAAGUCUAUUUGGGCAUUACUUAUGCACUUGGGGAUCCUACCACAGCGAAUAAACUUGUCUUUAUCACAAAAACAGGGGAUAUUGGUAUCAACUACAACAAAGCUCAUCCAGUGCCUUCUGUGGAACCUCAAUCUGCUGGUCCUGAGGAACUUCAAUAUGUUGAUACAGAAGAUUUUGGUAGAGUUGGUGGUGCUAUCUGUUUUGAUUUCAGUUUCCCUCACUUUAUUCAGCAAGCAAGCAAGCAGAAAGUAGAUCUGGUGUUACAACCAAGACCAUUUGGCACUUAUCAUGAAAAUGGCAAUGUACUGCGCACAGUCGAGAAUGGGUUUACUCGACUUCGUUGCUCUUCUCAAAGUAUCUCAGGUGUCACUGAACCUACUUUGAACAGUGUCUUUACUCAAAGAGUGGCUUCCCUCAACAGAGAGAAAUACAUUUUCUAUUUGCCACUACAGAAGCAUGUUAAGACAUUGUAUCGUUAUAUUGGUGAUGCUUUUGGCUAUAUCUGCUUGAUUAUCAGUGUAUCUACUGUAGCCAUGACCUUUAGGAAAAUACAAAGAGAGCGUCAAGUAUCACUUGAUUAA